UUCAGCUGGGUGGUUUCCGCAGGCUGCGCCGCUCAGAGGUGAACUGAGCGAAGGACUGGAUUGGCUGUCCGGACAGUAGCAGCAGCAGCAGCAGCAGUGUGCGCUACAUCCAUGUUAGAGCUUUCCGCCGGUGAACUCUCACUGCGUACCCGGGAAGCCAAACAGCAAAGGCGGCUAACCAUGACCAGCACCCGCGGGCUGCGCUGAAUCCUCCUCUUUUCUCCUCCUCUACUCUACUCUCCUCUCCUCCUCAGCACAGAGACUCGGAGAGCAUGGAGGAGGGCGAGGGCUGGGCCGAGUGCCUGGACGUCGCCGUGCGGAUCGCUCGUACAGCGGGGCAGAUGGUCCAGGAGGCUGUGAAACAGGAGAAGAGCGUGAGCAGUAAGAGCACACCCACAGACCUGGUGACGGAGGCUGACCAGCAGGUGGAGGACCUCAUCAUAUCCACCCUCAGGGAGAGGUUCCCCUCACAUAGGUUUAUUGGAGAAGAGUCCUCUGCUGCUGGAGAGAAGUGUGUUCUGACAGAUAACCCUACUUGGAUAAUAGACCCUAUUGACGGCACUUGUAACUUUGUUCACAGUUUCCCCAUGGUUGCUGUAAGCAUUGGCUUUGCAGUAAAGAAAGAGCUUGAGUUUGGGGUUAUAUAUCACUGUUUUGAUGGGACUUUAUAUACUGCCAGGAGAGGCCAUGGGGCAUUUUGCAAUGGUGUACGACUUCAGGUUUCAAAGGAGAAGGAUGUGUCAAAGGCCCUCAUUCUGACAGAGAUUGGGGCAAAGAGAGAUCCUAACACACUGGAUAUCUUUUUGGGGAAUAUGAAGAAACUGCUGAGUGCCCCUGUCCAUGGGGUGAGAAUCAUUGGCAGCUCGACUUUAGCACUGUGUCACAUAGCCAGCGGAGCAGCUGAGGCCUACUACCAGUACGGCCUGCACUGCUGGGACAUCGCUGCAGCUGCGGUCAUCAUCAGGGAGGCAGGCGGCUGUGUGAUCGACACCACAGGGGGUCCUUUGGAUCUCAUGUCCCGCCGUGUGGUGGCUGCUGGGUCCCAAGAGAUAGCGGAUUAUGUCGUCCAGCAACUCCAGCCAAUUAGCUACGGGCGUGAUGAUCAUGACCCCUGACCCAGUGGCCUGUUCUGAGCCCUCCAACAGCAAAUCUUAGCCUUUUACCUCAGCACCCUACAAUCCUGCCAUUUCAUCUGCAGUGUCCUUUAUGCAAUUCUCUGUCUGUGGGCGUUAUGUUAUUAUGUCACACCGCUGGAGUACAACCUGAAGAAAUGCCUUGUAUUGCAGGGUUUUUUUGCCUGAGUAAAUACAGUGGUGUCCAAAAGUUUGAGACCACAUUGAAAAUCUUUUUUUUUUUUUUUCAUUUAAACCUGGAAAUAAACAACAGAAAGUUUUAGAGUCUUACAUUUCAAACAAAGUAAAUUUAUAACAAAAAAAAUAAAAUAAACAAAAAAAUUCUGUUAUAUUCUUAGGUCAAAAUUCAAAUUGAAGCAAAUGUGUGAAAUUGACCUUUGAGGCAUUUGUACAAAAGGGUCUGAUUUUUUCUUCCUGUUCUACACACAUAUCCCUCCCAGCACUGGUGGCCCCAUGCAACUGGCUGUAUGGCUGCAGGUAUGGCCCUCGGCCAAGUUCUAGCCAGAUAUCCCAGCCGGCCGCAAGGCCAGCAGCAGCAGUCCCUGUGCCACUCACUGUAUGACCAUCUCUUGGAUCAUUUCUGUCAUUUCCUCUGCCCACAUCGCUUUGGUGACAGGGCUCCUAAUGGCUUCCCUGCCUGCCUUCGACAGUUAGACAGUUUAGAUCGAAGGAUCUCGGGCUGGCAACACUGUCUGAAACAGAGCGCCCCAACCAGUGUCCUCUAAUCUGAUCUCUCACAAGGGUCUAGCAAUAAUAGGCAAGUUAAUGCAUCAAUGGUCAAACAAAGCAUCAACUGCAGGGCUUUCUGUUCAUUGGACCACUCACUGGAACAUGCUACAUUACCCCCUUACAAAAGUCCUCACCCCCAAGGACCAAAAUGUCUUUGAACCGAAACAGGGGCGUGCUGGGGUAAGCCUGGCAAAAAUUGUAUUCUUAGACUUUUGGACCCCAUUGUACAAGAGUGAAUUUCACAUAAAUCGUUACUGGGUUUUACUUCUUUAGAGCCUGGUAAGGAUUUGACUAGUAUACAGUACCAACAGUGACUAUUUACUCAGAACCUCUUUGUAAUUUAAGGCUGCAACUGUAUGGAAAUUCAUAAACAGUAUGCUCCUCAGAGUUGCACCAACUAAAUGACAGUGGAAGCAAAUCAUGAUGGCAUUGGAGUGAGCAUAACUGAUAAGGUCAUUUAUUAAGAGUUACAUUAUUGUAUACAGUGUCAGAUUUACUCUAGCCGUGUUACCCAGGCAACUGUAUCAUCUGGAUAUGUUGCACCACCAACCUGGAAUCAUCCAAGGAAGGGGAAGGAUACAGUGUGCCCAAAAAAUAUUUAGACACUUUAACCAUUUAACCAUUGGUUAACUUUAAUGAAGUUCUUUAAUUUAUUCAUUUAAUGUUUAACAAAACGAGAAAUUUACAUCAGAGAAAAACAGUUUCAGCACAACAUCAGACUGAUGGUGGACUCUUUAUGUGGAGAAAAUCUGGAGAAGAAAUCCAACCAGACUGCAAUAAGAGUUCUGUAUAAGACAGACAUGGAAAAGUCUGCGUCUGUUUUUCUUACAGUGGUGUUAGUGAGCUUGUGCUCACUAACGGGAUCAUGAGCUCAGAAGAGUACAAUGCUUGCAUUUUGUAAAUCUGCAGAUGUCUGCGCAAACAAUAACAAUCUGGAACACAACAGCCGCCUUUUGAAAGAAUACUUUGUGAAAAAGAAAAUUACAGUCUUGGAAUGGUCUGUUCAAAAUUAAUAUCACUGGGUUUGACAUUUUAUAUCCUAAAUAAUAAAAGGAAUUGUGGCAAAUACUUUUGGGGGCAGCUGCACAUUUCAAAUACAUUUUUUUAACAAAACAAAUUAGAUUUUUUUGUCGUCCAGUCUUUUUCUAUAAUGCAUAAUGCAUAAAACCAUCUGGCCAUAGAAUACAACACAACUAUCAUCAAUGCGAGCAAAUAUCACAUGGCGUACUCAAUAAACACCAGUCCUUGUGGUGCAACAUCUGCAGCAAUCCCAUAUAAUGUGUAGGACUAAUGAUGGUUGGAAUCAAGAUUCUUGGAAUCAAGAUGUUCUUUCUGAGUUGAAUUUGAUUCAUUUUCUCACACUUGCAAUUAUAAUGUGUUCUAUGCCACCAUCUUGUUGCAGGUACAUAGUGUAAACAUGUAGUGCUUGUAUAUAUGUGCUCACUUAUAGAAAGUUCCAAGAGUGAAAAUUCGCUAUGGACAGAAGAGUUUGGCCUAGUUUCACCUGUGUUAGAACUAAUUCUAGGCCCGGUUUUCCAGAAGUUGCAUUAAAAGGGAUAGGUAAACCCAAAAUAGAACAUACAUGAUUUUCAGAUUGUGUGACAAACCAAGAUAGCAUUUAUAAAAUCCACAUUUCUCAUCACAUCCGUUAGAAAGUUUAUCUGUUGUGUUCAGCAAACCAAGCCCUAGACCGCAUAUAGAAGACAUUCAGUAGAGAUUCUCAAAUAACUUUGCAGUUAAGUCAUUAUCUAAAUCCAAGUAACCAGCUUUUAGUGCAGUGGACAACACUGUUUUAGUCUAUCCAGUACUUGAGUCAUGUUCAGUGAUGAAGAGACUUUGUGGCUUUUAUUUUAAGGGAAUUCUGAAAAACAGCCAACCAGGUAUACACUGCAGUUUUAAUAUUCACAUUUUACUUUUUUAUGUUUUUCUUAUGAUGGACUACUAAACAAGUAUAGUUGUGAAAAAAAAACCUUUUUUGUCCACUGGUUAUUUUUACAGUUUUUUUUUGUUUGUUUGAUUAUUUGUUUUGUUUUUUUUCCUCCUGCCGUGCUGGACCUCAGUGUGUGUCAGGUCAACAUUCCUCACGGAUCCCCUCACACUGUGAGUUAUAAUAAAAACUACAGACACACUGAAACGUGUAA